UUGAAAAUUACCAUUACUAUCAAUGCACGCAUGUAUUGACACACAUAUGUAUAUUUACAUGUAUGGAACUUCUCAGUCAGUCACAAAUAAACAUUGCAAAUGAACGAACGCAACGGCUACGUUUUUUCGGUUAAAAUAUAAUUUCCACGGCAUUGGUCAAACUCUGUUUAACAGGUUAUGGGCCCAGGAUUGGAUAUUUAGAUCGGAAAAUUAAAGAGAUUGUUGUAGUUAGGAACUAAAAACAUCGGUGUGACUCAGAAAGAAAACGAUAAUCAGCUAUGAGCGGAAUUUAUCAAAUAGACAAAUUGGAGGAGGGAAACUAUGACUCAUGGUCCAUUCAAAUGCGGUCUGUGUUGGUGCACUCGGAGUUGUGGAGUGUGGCAUCUGGUGAAGCAUCUGGUGAUGUCACAGCAUCGGAUGUCCCUGAAGGUGCAAGGGCCAAGGAUGAGAAGGCACUGGCAAUGAUCACGCUAUGUGUGAAAACUUCACAAUUGGGAUACAUCAAGAAGAACUGCAAAAAGUCGGCUGAGGCAUGGAAAAAAUUAAAAGAUGUCCAUCAACCAAGUGGACCAGUACGAAAGGUUCAACUGUACAAGAAAUUGCUAAGCAAGCGCAUGGACCAGAGGCAAAGCAUUUCAAGCUACAUAAACGAAUUUAUUGAUAUUCUCGAUGGCCUUAGUUCGGUAAGAAUCGACCUUAAUGAUGAACUUCGCACAAUUGUUUUGUUGUCGAGCCUUCCAGAACAUUAUGAAAAUUUUGUAGUCGCCAUAGAGACGCGCGACAGUCGACGUUCUAUGUAUAAAACUGAAAGAAGAAGGCGAGAGAAAGGGAAAUUCAGAAGAACAAAAGGAAUGCGCAAAAGCAUUUGCUGCGACGCAGAAGCCGGUCGUUCAGAGAGCGCAAAAGAAGAGAAACAAAACAAUUAUAUGUUUCAAGUGUGGUGAGCACGGGCAUAUGAAGGCUCAGUGUAAGAAAGAGAGCUCAAACGAAGGAAAAUCAGCAAGAGGAGAGAACAAGCAGUGCAGCCUAUUAAAUGCGAUGGACGCAGAUAAUUUGAAAAAUAGUAUGUGGUGUUUGGAUAGUGGUGCGACAAGCCAUAUGUGUUGUGAUAAGCAGUUAUUCACAAAGUUAGAAAAACACACAGAACUGAUUGGCCUGGCUGACUCAGGUUUUCUAAAAGCUGAAGGGAAAGGAGAGGUUC